AUGGGGACUUCUCCUGGGAAGAAAGUUUUGCUCACCUCCAACGGGGAUGCCAUUUCACACAAUAUUGCCUUCUCUUUGGCCCAGCGGGGAUGCAGUCUGGUCUUGAUGGGAAAGGAGAGCUGUCUGCGGAGCAUUCAACAGAAAAUAAAGGGCUCAUUGGAGGGUGUCGUGCCAGUUGAGGUGGUUGAUGUAGACAUGGAGGACGAGAGAGAAGGAGCUUUUGAUGAGGCAGUGGAUAAGGCAUGCCACAUUUUGGGCAAUCUGGAUGCCUUUGUGCAUUGCUAUACUUAUGAAGGGAAAAUGCAGGAGCAUCUAGAAUUAGCUGAAGAUGAGUUUAAAAAGAUAAUGAAGAGGAACUUUAUGUCUGCAUGGUUUCUGUUAAAUGCUGUUGGCAGAAGACUGCGAGAUUAUAAGUCAGGAGGUUCCAUCAUAUUUUUGACCUCGAUAAUUGGAGCUGAAAGAGGGAUUUAUCCAGGAGCUGCUGCCUACAGUGCAUGCUCGGCAGCCGUGCAGCAGUUAGCUAGGACAUCGGCUUUGGAGAUUGGUAGAUACCAGAUUCGGGUCAAUGCAAUUGCCCGUGGUUUGCACCUAGAAGAUGAAUAUCCAAUGUUUGUGGGUAUGGAGAGAGCAAAGAAGUUGGUGAAGGAGGCAGCUCCAUUGGAGAGAUGGCUUGAUGUUAAAAACGAUCUGGCUUCAACUGUCAUAUAUUUAAUCAGUGAUGGGUCAAAGUACAUGACAGGCACAACCAUAUUUGUUGAUGGGGCACAGUCUCUGACGAGACCUCGGAUGCGCUCUUAUAUGUGA